AUGUGGAACAGUGAAAAAAAGACCAAAGCCCUCAAACUAGCCUUACCUGACUACGGCACCGUCUACCUGACUGAGCUUCUGGCUAUACAUCAGGUGACAAAAAUAGUGUCAAACCAUCAGGCGACGACAUUUGGAAUCUACAGCGACUCAAUGGCAGCCCUUCAAACAGUUACCAACCAUAGCUGCAUUUACCCGCUAGCAGUAGAGUCAAGGAAAAACAUAAGAGAAAUAUCUCUCCAGAACAGAAUAAUUUCAAUAUUCCUUAUAAAAGCUCACGCGGAACUGGAAGGUAACGAGAGGGCUGACCAACUGGCAAAGGAGGCUGCCACAAAAUCGAAGAAAAGACCAGAUUAUGACCUAUGCCCAAUCUCAUUUGUCAAGCGAAGCAUUCGUAUGGCAACACUUGACAAAUGGAACCACAUAAUGGUAUGUUAA